AUGGCUCCAAGGCGUGAGACUUCGACUGCAAAUACAUUGAGCCCUCAGGAUAUUACUACGACCUCCAGCGGUCAACCUACGGCCACGUUAGGCUUUCCUCGUUCCACUUCACCUUCGAAUGGAUUCACGAACUUUCUCUCGAAACCUUCAAGAUGGUUUGGCAGGAGUGCGUCAAAUCCAAAGAUCAGCACCGUUGCUGCCGCUUCAGAACCCAGAAUGAGCAGUUCUUCGGGAAGAAAACACAAGAUAUCGCGUCCUACUGACCCUAGGCCGAUUCUGGACUCAUAUAGUGCUGCUCCGGGGGCUAGGUGA